AUGUUGACCCCAGGCUUUGAGGUGGUGGCAGCACCGCCGCUCGGGUCAGUCGUGCUAUACGAUUCCUUCUGUGAGCAUCGUGGCAUCGAGCAUCAUGGCAACAAAGAUCGGUAUGCCGUGUACUACGAGUUCGAGACUCGUGGGGUCUUCAGCGGCUAUACCGCCGCACACUUCGGCCCGGAGUCCGAGGCGCACAUGCGU